UUCCGGACGGUCGUUAUGCGCGAGUUGGAAGCGAAACGCCGUACUCUAUGAACAAGCUCUCCGUACAUAUGCAAGGCGUUCGAUACAUCUCGCCACACAAGGCAAGUACUACAUUUCGAUUCUUUCUGCGCCUCAUCGCAUCGAGGAACUUUUCCUUUUCAGAAUCUGGACUACCAUUUGAGGCGAUUCAAGAAGAGAGUAGACAAGAAAUACAUGAUUUGUAGAGAACGGACUUUCGUAUUACCUCCAUGCCCCGGUCGUAUAUCCAGCAACGAGCUCGCUCCAAUGUUUGGUGGCGUAAUCGGCACUCUCGUAUCGUGGCCGAAACCGUUUCUGAAGAAUCGACGACAACUACCUUGCUUACACCCCCCGAACAGCAGGACUAGGUAUAGCAUUGAUCUAACUGACAAUCUACAGCGAUCAUUCCAGUCUCCACGAAUUCAUCAAUACCGUCAAAGCUUCACCAAACGUAUUGACUCGGCGACUCAUUUGAAGCAGCUCUUAUGUCGCGUGACGUGGGCAUACGGUUUCACUCGAAAACAUUAUAACUGAGUCACCCACCCAGAGACAACUUUCUCCAGAAAAAUCAGAGACAAAUAGCCGAGAGAUCGACAAGGUGGAUAUGCGGGUGAAUCAGAGAGGGGGGCUGAAAACGGGCAUGGCGAAUUCGACCUCCGUAUAUCCACCCCCUAUAUCGACCGCGUCGGAGUGAGCUCCGGUUUAGACCCCCACCCGCAUCCGGAAGACGACGAAAAUUGCGGAGAAGAUGGUCCGGCUGAUCGGACCCGAGAGCUCGGGUCGAAAAUUCGAUCCGACACCCC